AUGGCCACGGAAGCUUACGCGGCACGAAACCCGGAUGAGAUUCACACUGACGUACUCUCUAGUUCCAGACAAGCUUGCUAUAAGGCUCGAGACGCUUUCUAUGCUUGUUUGGAGAAAGAAUCGGACAAAAAACAGACUGAAAUCGCGUCCAAGGGGCUGUUGUACCCAGCUGAGUGCAAAGCUUCGAGGGAGGAGUUUGUCAAUCACUGCCGUGCUUCUUGGGUUAAGCAUUUUGAUGCUCUCUACUGCAAGAACAAGAGUCUGAAGAGGCUUUUGGAUGAUAAAGACUCGAGGAGAGGUCCGUUGUCACUUCCACAGCCUUACACUUUCAAGCCUACCACCAGUAGUUAA